AGAACCGAUCGCGCGGACAAGCAGAUCUGGGAUGCAAGAUCUGGGAUAGCUGGGUGGCUCUUCUUAUCGACUCUUCCGGUUGGGUACAUCACCCGAUAAAAUGCGCUAGCUCGCGCGUAGCGUCCCCUCCCCCCCGCAUCUCUUCGUUGCACCUUUGCACGCCUCGACCAUGGUAGGCUUCACGGAUAGGUUGAAUGCCCGAGUUGCGGACUCCGCCGUCGGGAGGUAUUUCCGCUUGGAGGGUUCCGGUCACCCACGCGAACGUGAGGGGUCUCGGUUCUUGACUGAGAUCCGUGCUGGUCUAACAACAUGGGCCGCCAUGGCGUACAUUAUCUCUGUCAACGCUUCCAUCCUCACGGACUCUGGAGGAACAUGCGUGUGCUCAACGAACGACGGUUGUCUUGAUGACCCAGCCUACAACACCUGCCUCGGUGAGAUUCAGCGCGACUUCAUCACCACCACCGCUUCGAUCGCCUCGCUUGCCUCUGUUCUCAUGGGGGCACUCGCCAACUUGCCGGUCGGGAUGGCUCCAGGUUUGGGCCUCAACGCAUACCUCGCGUAUUCAGUCGUAGGGUUCCACGGGAGUGGUUUCAUCACAUAUAGGGAAGCUAUGGCUGCGGUGUUCAUGGAAGGCUGGAUCUUCUUCAUCCUCUCUCUGCUGGGUCUCCGGCAAUGGCUCGCCCGCAUCAUGCCUCAGUCGCUAGUCUUGGCCGUUGGUGCUGGUAUCGGUCUUUUCAUCGCCUUCAUCGGACUCUCCUCUGGUGGUCUCUUCGUCAUUGGUGGUGAUACCACGAAUCUCGUCGGCCUGGGUGGCUGCAAACCCGAGGACUACAUCGACCCGAGCAUGCCGUUCUACUGCAACUCCAAGGUCAUGCGUCUCCCGACGAUGUGGCUUGGUAUCUUCACGGGCGGGAUCUUCACGGUGUUCCUUAUGCUCUACCGCGUUAAGGGCGCGAUCAUCUGGGGUAUCUUCCUGACGUCGAUUAUCUCGUGGCCGCGCACGACACCCGUGACCGCCUUCCCCCACACGGACGCCGGCGACGUUGCCUUCGACUUCUUCAAGAAGGUCGUUACCUUCUGGCCGUUGAAGCAUGUCGGAAAUGCCCUUGACUACAACUAUGGUAACGGCAAGGUGUGGUACGCGCUUAUCACGUUCCUCUAUGUCGACAUCCUCGAUACCACCGGUACGCUAUACUCCAUGGCCAAGUUCGCGGGCCUCCGCGACCCCGUGACGCUCGACUUCGAGAAUUCGACGAUCGCGUACUGCGUCGACGCUUUCUCGAUUUCCAUGGGUGCGCUCAUGGGCACGUCCCCCGUCACGGCUUUCAUCGAGUCCGCGACGGGUAUCGCUGAGGGCGGCCGAACGGGCAUGACCGCGAUCGUGACGGGCAUCAUGUUCUUCAUCUCCAUCUUCUUCGCGCCGAUCUUUGCGUCUAUCCCAUCGUGGGCCACUGGCGGUGCGCUUGUCAUCGUCGGUUCGCUCAUGAUCCGCACGUCGCGCGAGAUCAACUGGGACUACGUAGGCGAUGCCCUGCCCGCGUUCCUCACCAUCAUCACCAUCCCGCUCACCUACAACAUCGCGUACGGCGUCAUCGCCGGCAUCCUCUCGUACGUCCUCCUCAACGGCGGUGCCUGGAUCAUCCGCAAGGUCUCCGGCGGCCGCAUCGUUCCAGCAAACUACGACCUCGCCGAGACCUGGGUCAUCCCCCCUGGCGGCAUCGUGCCCGGCUGGGUCAAGGCUCUCCAAGGCCGGAACCGCAGGGAGGAGAUCGUGCCAAUGGAGCAGCGCCCGGCGCACUCGCCGUCGCUCGAGGAGCACACGAAGGGCAGCUUCGCCGCCUCGGAAAUUUGAAGAUCCUCAGCGUCGCACCAGAUAGGCUCUCCAGCGACACCUCGCCGAAUGUAUGCCCGCAUGUAGAUGACAUAUAGGUAUUUAUGCGGCGGCACCAGUUACACCAGCAGCAUUUCGAACUUCCCUACGCCCUUCCCCGACUCUUGGAUUAUAUCGCUUGGACCGUUGUAUAUAGAACUUACGGGCCCCGGCCGUUCAACUCGCGCUUCGGCUUGUUUCCUUCCCUCGCCCCUCUCCCUCUCCCCGCCUGCGACCUGCGCUCUCCUACCGCAUCAUCCCGCCUCGUUGUGUCGAUAUACCUUCCCGGUCGCGUGCGCCCGCAUCCCUUCUCGUCUCGCUCUUGGGCGUGAUGCCGCUGCCGACGUUGUAGAAAACCCAUCCGUUAUCGCUCUUAUCAUCUAGCCGCACGCUAUUUCAUUUAGCACGGCAGUAUGCUAAGCGCCCCAAGUACGCAUGGUAUACCCGUACAUAGCGCGUAGGAUGCUUCUUGUUGUAGGCUGAGUUUCUGCUGCUCGCCCGCUCUCUCGAAAAGCGCUGUACUAUCUCAGAUGUACGACACGUCUUGUCUGUGCUCGAAUGCAUGUCCGCUCAUUUCUGUGACCCUUAAUAUAACUUGCUGUAU